GCCAUCUGCUGUUUCAGCAGGAUAAAAAUAAAAUACGGUUUUGUUCUCUCUUCUUCCUUGUUGUUUCUUUUCAUUUAGUGCGAGAAAGAAAUGGUUAAUUUAAUCAGGGCCUAUUAUUUCCUGCAUUGAAUUUUGCAAAUCAAUUAGUGAUUUUAAAAGUGUACAACGUUACGUUGAAUCGUGUCGCGAUAAUCUCAAGUGAAAUGUGGUCGAUGACAGCGUGAAAACGAUUGCUACAAUUGACAAGCGCAAAGGCAACAUAGUGUACUAGCAAAAAUAAACAUACAAACACAAAUUAUGUAUAUAUAGCAGCUGUCUAGCUGGAAUACUGUGAUCUCUUUACGUGAUUAGUUAAAUAUUUUUUUUUAUAACAUUAUAUGAAUCGUGUGUAGCCAGUCUUGUGUUUAUGCGACACUGAGGCAGAAUGAGUUCUCUAAAUAAUACCAAUGCAAGGCCCCAAAUGCCUUUACGACAGAAGGAUUUUGAUCAGUUGCAGAUAUGGGGCGACCUACAGGAGGGCAUCGAACAAGUUUACAAGAGGCAACAUAUGGAAAAGAAGAGAUAUAUGGACCUGUAUACUCACGUAUACAACUACUGCACAUCGGUGCAUCACCAGAGCGCGAGCAGCACAACCAGUGGUCGUGCCGCCAACAACAAUGGCGGACGGAAUGCCUAUAGCGGCAAGAAACAGACUGGUCACGUUCAAGGUGGCGCGCAAUUGGUCGGGCUCGAAUUGUACAAGAGACUGAAGGAAUUUCUGAGGAUCUAUCUCAUCAAUUUACUCCAGAAUGGCGCCGAGCUAAUGGGCGAAGAUGUGCUAGCGUUCUACACUAAACAGUGGGAGGAGUACCAGUUCUCUUCCCGGGUGUUGAACGGCGUCUGCGCCUACCUCAACAGGCACUGGGUCAAGCGCGAGUGCGAGGAGGGACGGAAGGGUAUCUACGAGAUCUACCAGCUGGCUCUCGUGACGUGGCGCGACAAUUUAUUCCAGCGACUCAACAAGCAAGUCACUAACGCCGUGCUCAAGCUCAUCGAGAGAGAACGUAAUGGAGAAACUAUUAAUACGAGGCUUGUUUCUGGAGUAAUCAACUGCUACGUAGCUUUAGGCCUAAACGAGGAUGACACAUCGGCCCGCGGCCAGAACCUCGUGGUGUACAAGGACACCUUCGAGGCUGUCUUCCUCGAGGACACGGAGAGGUUCUACACCAGGGAGAGCACUGACUUCCUCAGGAACAAUCCUGUCACCGAGUAUAUGAUCAAGGCCGAGCAGCGCCUACAAGAGGAGCAGCGACGAGUGCAGGUGUACCUGCACGAGACCACCAUGGAGCGGCUCGCCAAGACCUGCGACCGCGUGCUCAUAGAGAAACAUCUCGAGAUCUUCCAUGCCGAGUUCCAGAAACUCCUGGACGGCGAGAAGAACAGCGACCUAGGGCGUAUGUAUGCCCUAGUGGCGCGGAUCCCGGACGGGCUGUGCGAGCUGCGCCGCCUGCUCGAGCACCACAUCCACGCGCAGGGGCUGCAGGCCAUCGACAAGUGCGGCGAGUGUGCACAUACUGACCCCAAAGUAUACGUAUCAACAAUCCUGGAGGUACACAAGAAGUACAACGCUCUGGUGCUGGUCGCCUUCAACAACGACUCCGGCUUCGUGGCCGCGCUCGACAAGGCUUGCGGACGGUUUAUUAACAGUAACGCAGUGACAAAGGCAGCCAACUCCUCAUCCAAGAGUCCGGAGCUCCUCGCGAAAUACUGCGACCUGCUGCUGAAGAAGUCCAGCAAGAACCCCGAGGAGGCUGAGCUCGAAGACACGCUCAAUCAAGUCAUGGUUGUGUUCAAAUACAUAGAAGACAAGGACGUGUUCCAGAAGUUCUACAGCAAGAUGCUCGCCAAGCGUCUCGUGCAACACAUGUCGGCUAGCGAUGACGCUGAGGCAUCGAUGAUCUCAAAACUGAAGCAAGCAUGCGGAUUCGAGUAUACGAGCAAACUACAGAGAAUGUUCCAGGACAUAGGAGUAUCUAAAGACCUGAACGAGAACUUCCGCAAACACAUGUCGAACAGCUCAGAACAGCCUCUACACAUCGACUUCAGCAUCCAGGUGCUGUCGUCCGGCUCCUGGCCCUUCCAGCAGUCCUCGUGCUUCCAGCUGCCCACUGAAUUGGAGCGAUCAGUGCACAGGUUCACGACGUUCUACUCGUCGCAGCACUCGGGCCGCAAGCUCAACUGGCUCUACAACAUGAGCAAGGGGGAACUCGUCACCAACUGCUUUAAGAACAGAUACACAUUGCAAGCGAGCACGUUCCAAAUGGCGGUGCUGCUUCAGUACAACGACAACACCUCGUGGACGGUCAGCCAGCUCGAGCAGCACACCGGGAUCAAGGGGGACUUUCUCAUACAGGUGCUACAAAUUCUGUUGAAAGCCAAGCUGUUGGUCUGUCAGGACGACGAGUCGGAACUCACCGAGUCGUCCGUCGUCGAUCUUUACGUAGGUUAUAAGAACAAAAAGCUGCGCGUGAACAUCAACAUCCCGCUGAAGACCGAGCUGAAGGUGGAACAGGAAGCCACGCACAAACAUAUUGAGGAGGACAGGAAGAUGCUCAUACAGGCCGCCAUUGUGAGGAUAAUGAAAACCCGCAAAACUCUUAAACACCAGCACUUAGUCGUGGAAGUACUCAACCAGCUGUCUUCGCGUUUCAAGCCCAGAGUUCCUGUCAUCAAGAAAUGCAUCGACAUACUCAUCGAGAAGGAGUACUUGGAGCGCACGGAGGGCGAGAAGGACACGUACAGCUACCUCGCGUGAUGCCGCUACUAUGUAAUAAAUGAUAUAUAAACAAUAUUAUGUAAUA